CUACAACCACCGCUCGCUGGCCGCCUAUCCCUACAUGAGCCACUCGCAGCACAGCCCUUACCUCCAGUCCUACCACAACAGCAGCGCGGCCAGCCAGACGCGGGCGGACGAUGCAGAUCAGCAAAAAACAACAGUGAUUGAAAACGGUGAAAUCAGAUUCAAUGGAAAAGGAAAGAAGAUACGGAAGCCUCGAACCAUUUAUUCGAGUUUACAACUUCAGGCUUUAAAUCAUCGCUUUCAGCAGACUCAGUACCUGGCACUUCCAGAGAGAGCUGAACUGGCAGCUUCCUUAGGACUUACUCAGACACAGGUGAAGAUCUGGUUUCAGAACAAACGCUCCAAAUUUAAGAAGCUGCUAAAGCAGGGCAGCAAUCCUCAUGAGAGCGACCCUCUGCCAGGUUCCGCUGCCCUGUCCCCGCGGUCUCCAGCUCUCCCUCCAGUCUGGGACGUUUCAGCUUCUGCCAAGGGAGUCAGUAUGCCGCCCAACAGCUACAUGCCUGGUUAUUCUCACUGGUAUUCUUCUCCACAUCAAGACACAAUGCAGAGACCACAGAUGAUGUGAAUAGUCCAAGAGAAAUAAUCUAUCAAGAAGCCCUAGUCUCGACAUGGCAAGCAGUCCGCUGUCUUGCCAACGGUGCCAAUUUAACAGGCUCUGUGUGAACUUGUAUGUGUGGCAAGGAGACAAGGUUGGGGUUUUUUUUGUUUUGUUUUGUUUUUUUCUUUUAGUAACCUCAGUGAUUGAUCUGGAACAGAAAGAGACUUUUUUUUUCCAUGCUGGCGCACAUAAGACACUUCUCUUUAGGAUAUUUUAAUUUGGACUCGAAGGAACCAGCCUCGUCGCUUUGGAGUAUACUGUCAAAGCAAACUUUUUACAGACUUUUUCCCACGAGAAGAACCUGAGUAUAUCCGGCAACGUUUUUACUUGUUUAAUGAGCUAAAGAUAUUACUUGAUGAAAGGGAGGCUAUUCAAGCUCCUGCAUUUGUAUUCACCAAACCCAGACUGGAGGGGAGGGGGCGCGAAAGUGCUUGAAAAGGAAAAUAUACUGUACGAUUAAAACAUUACCACGAAGCAAAAACUGCAUGCUUUAUCAAAAUGGAAUGGACAGCAAGCAACCAAGAAGAAACCACUGUCUGUCCCUCAGAUCUCUGCCCCCAACACCCCCCUCCCAAAGUCCCCUGAAAUCUAACAGGAAAAGGACAAAGGAGGAACCCACCAAAACAACCAUCCUAUGGCUUUGAAAGGUUCAGUACUUGAUUGGUGGUAUUCUCACCAAUUCACUAAGCUAUAGAGACGUUUAUAUUGAGCAACCUUUCUGUAUAUAUUGCUGAAUUUUAGUUGUAAAUAUACUUUGUAUGUUUUUGUCUUCUUUCAUAUAUAGAGUAAAAGCCACAAAACGUC